UCUUGUAUGUUUAUGUGAUUUGAUUUCGCUAUUGAAUUUGAAAUAGUUUAGUUGUGUUUUCUCUGGAACUUUUGUGAGCGAAAUUUUAAUCAAAAUAAAUAAUAUAUAGUGCGUAAAAAAAUUAUCUUUCUGCACUGCUAUCCAAAAUUAUAGAACGCAAUGCGUUCGUUACUAUACGUUUUAUUCGCUUUGCUAGCGAAUGCUACUGCGCAAAAGCUAGAGAAGAUUAAUACGAUUUCGGAUAAUGUGGGCAAAGUAUACCACUAUCAGCCGGAACAAGUGCAUUUGGCCUUUGGUGAAAAGUCUAAUGAUGUUGUGGUAACUUGGUCCACACGCGACGAUGCCAUCGAAUCCAUUGUCGAAUACGGUUUCAUUGGCUUUACGCAACGCGCCAAUGGCACAUCCCAGCAAUUUGUGGAUGGUGGGGAUAAGAAAAAGUCACAAUACAUACACAGGGUCUCCUUAUUGAAUCUUGUGCCAAACCAAACGUACGCCUAUCACUGUGGUGGCCAAUUGGGUUGGUCGCCGCGUUUCGAAUUUCGCACUGUGCCCGCCGGUGACGACUGGUCACCCACUAUUGCGCUGUACGGUGAUAUGGGUAAUGAGAAUGCGCAAUCGUUGGCGCGUCUGCAGCAGGACACGCAGCGUGACAUGUACGAUGCUAUAAUACACGUCGGUGAUUUUGCUUACGAUAUGAAUACCGAUGACGCGCGCGUGGGUGAUGAGUUUAUGCGCCAAGUAGAAACCAUUGCGGCCUAUGUGCCAUACAUGGUGGUACCGGGCAAUCACGAAGAGAAGUACAAUUUCUCGAACUAUCGCGCACGCUUCAGCAUGCCGGGCGGCACAGAGAAUCUAUUCUACAGCUUUAAUUUAGGGCCCGUGCAUUUUAUUGGCAUCUCCACCGAAAUGUAUUAUUUUCUUAAUUAUGGCCUAAAAACACUCGUCUUUCAAUACGAAUGGCUGGUGAAUGAUCUGCAAGAGGCCAACAGGCCAGAGAAUCGUGCGCGCCGCCCAUGGAUAAUUGUCUAUGGUCACCGACCAAUGUACUGCAGCAAUGGCAACGGUGACGACUGCACGCAUGCAGAAACACUAACGCGCGUCGGUUGGCCCUUUUUUCACAUGUUCGGCCUGGAAGCACUUUUCUAUGAGCAGGGAGUCGAUGUAGAAAUAUGGGCGCACGAGCAUUCUUAUGAACGCUCUUGGCCUAUUUAUGAUUAUAAAGUGUGUAAUGGUUCGCUGGCCGAGCCUUAUCGUAAUCCAUGCGCGCCCGUGCACUUGAUAACGGGUUCAGCCGGCUGUAAAGAGGGACGUGAACCAUUCGAAAAAGAUACGCCUGAAUGGAGCGCGUUUCACAGUCAGGACUACGGUUAUACGCGCAUGAAGGCCUAUAAUCGCACACACUUGUAUUUCGAGCAAGUGUCCGAUGACAAAAAUGGUGCCAUCAUCGAUGCAUUUUGGAUAAUCAAAGACAAACACGGCAGUUAUGUUUAAUGUGGGGGAGUGUGUCAUGGCUUUUAGCAUUUGGUAUGCGGAGAAUACGUCAAAGUGGACGUAGAAAAAGCGGGGCUGCACAAAGCGCGUAUAUUAAAAUUCUUAAGCACAAUUAGUAUAUAGAAAGCACAAAAAAUAUUAUAGAAUAUUUUUAUCAACACAGCAUUUGAGAGAUAAAAUCAGGGUUGCAAAUUUUUUAACUGAAAAAAAUUAAUUUAAAUUAAAUUAAAUUUUCAAACUUUCAAUUGUUAAUUACAAUUUUGAGAACUUAAAAAUAUUUAAAAUUAAAAAUACAAAUUUAAAAAAAUUAGAAAUUUUUAAUUUUCAAUUUCCAAAUGUUUAGAUUUAAAAAUGAAAUUUUAAAAACUUAAUUUUAAAAUUUCCAAUUUUUUUUUUUAAGUUUUGAGAAUUUAAAAAUAUUUGGAAUUAAAUAUUAAAUUUUUCAAUUUUAUUUGGAAUUAGAAAUUUCGAAAAUAAUUUUAUUUAAGAUUUUCGAAAGUAAAAAAAUAUUAAGAAAUUAAUAAAAAUGUAUUAUUAUUAUUUUUUAAUGUGUUAUUUGCAACCCGGGACACAAUACGCAAAAAUUAUCAUUCCAUUUUAUGUUUUAAAAGAAUCGGCUUUUCACAGUAUUAACUGAAAUACGAAACACUUGUACCUAGCAAAUUAUAGCGAAUCUCUGUUUAUUUUCAAUUUUACUCUUUUUAUUUUAUAUAAUAUCGUUUAUAUGCUUAUAAGCGUAACCUUAUUGGAACUUACACGACAAGAAGGUGUUUUUUACCACUUUUACCAUUUAAGUAUACAUUUUGUGUGUAUAAUUGUUUUUGAAACUUAUGAUCAAUUCUUUAAGUGUCUGUGGUGUAUGUGGUUUAGUGAAUAUUUUGUAACAAAACAGUCAAUUUAUUCAAAUAUUGAAUAAACGUUUACUUCUGGAAAAAUAAA